AUGGCCGAGGAGAGCAGCAGCCGCGGGGACGGCGCGUCCUGCAGCGUGCUCAGCUGGGACCAGGUGAGCCGGCUGCACGAGGUCCUGAACGAGGUGGUGCCCGUGCACGGGCGAGGCAACUUCCCGACCUUGGAGAUCACCCUGAAGGACAUCGUCCAGACCGUGCGCGGCCGCCUGGAGGAGGCGGGCAUCCAAGUGCAGGACGUCCGCCUGAACGGCUCGGCCGCCGGCCACGUCCUGGUCAAAGACAACGGCCUGGGCUGCAAAGACCUGGACCUCAUCUUCCACGUGCCUCUGCCCACCGAGGUCGAGUUCCAUCUGGUCCGGGACGUGGUCCUGUGCUCCCUCCUGAACUUCCUGCCCGAGGGCGUGAACAAGCUCAAGAUCAGCCCGGUCACCCUGAAGGAGGCCUACGUGCAGAAGCUGGUGAAGGUGUGCACGGACACCGACCGCUGGAGCCUCAUCUCCCUCUCCAACAAGAACGGCAGGAACGUGGAGCUCAAGUUCGUCGACUCCAUCCGGCGCCAGUUCGAGUUCAGCGUGGACUCCUUCCAGAUCAUCCUGGACUCCCUGCUGGUCUUCUACGACCGCUCCGGCCAGCCCAUCUCCGAGCACCUGCACCCCACGGUGAUCGGGGAGAGCAUGUACGGGGACUUCGAGGAAGCCCUGGACCACCUGCAGAACCGGCUGAUCGCCACCAAGAACCCCGAGGAGAUCCGGGGCGGGGGCCUGCUCAAGUACAGCAACCUCCUCGUGCGGGACUUCCGGCCCACCGACCAGGAGGAGAUCAAGACGCUGGAGCGCUACAUGUGCUCCAGGUUCUUCAUCGACUUCCCGGACAUCCUGGAGCAGCAGCGGAAGCUGGAGACCUACCUGCAGAACCACUUCGCCGAGGAGGAGAGGAGCAAGUACGACUACCUCAUGAUCCUGCGCAGGGUCGUGAACGAGAGCACCGUGUGCCUCAUGGGGCACGAGCGCAGGCAGACCCUGAACCUCAUCUCCCUCCUGGCCCUGCGCGUGCUGGCCGAGCAGAACAUCAUCCCCAGCGCCACCAACGUCACCUGCUACUACCAGCCGGCCCCCUAUGUCAGCGACGGCAACUUCAACAACUACUACGUGGCCCAGCCUCCCGUGACCUACAGCCAGCCCUACCCGACCUGGCUGCCCUGUAACUAA